AUGGAAACAAUCGUCGCAACGCUUCGCGGAGGGAACGUGUUAUUAGGCCGUUCAGGUCGGCGCGAAACCGCGCGGAACGCGAGGGAGGGACGCGUAGAGAGGGACGGCCUGUACCGCGUGCGACACGAGCGAAACAGUUUCACUACGAAGUUGCGCAGGUCGAGACGCUUACGUCCUAGACGAACGUUAAGUGUGACGCCGCGAUCGCCGAGUCACCGGGUACACACGAGCGGCGCAGAAACGACCACCACGACGACAAAACGCAGCACUGGACAUCGCCUUCGGGAUUGGAAACACUCCGGAGGUUCUCAACCUAGACGACAGACGCAUUACUGCGCCAGGGCCGUGUCCUGCGGAAAGUAAUGCCUAGACUAGGGUUACCAGCUGUACCCUUAAGAGAGAGGGAGAGUACAUG